ACGUGAAAAUUGAGUUGAGGUGUCACUCUCGUCCCCUACCAUUCGUUUCUUAAUUUUCCCGGCAACACGCACUCAAAAACCCUAAUUUCCCAUCAAACAAAAAACCAAAAACGAAGCUGCUUCUUAUUUCCCCUAUCAAUUCAAUCUUUUCCACUCUAACCGAUACGCAUUCUCUUUGAAGUUCCUGCUUCUUACUUUCUCGAUUGCCCAGGAUCUGCUUUCUGCAUUCGGGCCUUUGAUGGCGGAGGACCGCAACGGCGAUGAUAAGAAUGAAAACAGUGACUACAGUUCAGAGGAUGAAGGAACUGAAGAUUACAGGCGUGGAGGUUACCAUGCGGUUCGAAUUGGUGAUACUUUCAAUAAUGGGUGCUAUGUGGUGCAGGCCAAGCUUGGUUGGGGUCAUUUUUCUACCGUGUGGCUUGCUUGGGACAUCCAGAGAUCGCGUUACGUGGCCUUAAAAAUUCAAAAGAGUGCUCAGCACUAUGCUGAAGCUGCCAUGGAUGAAAUAAAGAUUCUUAAACAGAUUGCAGAGGGGGACCCAGAUGACAAGAAAUGUGUUGUAAAGCUUUGGGAUCACUUCAAGCAUUCUGGUCCUAAUGGUCAGCAUGUAUGUAUGGUAUUUGAAUUUCUGGGUGACAAUCUGCUGACACUUAUCAAGUAUAGUGAUUACCGAGGGGUUCCGCUAGCCAUGGUUAAAGAAAUAUGUUACCAUAUUUUGGUGGGCUUGGAUUACUUGCACCGAGAGCUUUCCAUAAUACAUACAGAUCUGAAGCCAGAGAAUGUCUUGCUUUUGUCUAUGAUAGAUUCGUGUAAGGAUCACAGAAAGUCAGGUGCCCCACUAAUCCUUCCUAGCACCAAGGACAAUUCUGUAUCCAAGAAUGAGGUCACAAAAGAUAAUGUUAGUUCGAAUGGAAAUCUGACCAACAACCAAAAAAAGAAAAUGCUUAGAACGGCUAAGGUUGAGAAUGAAAUUAUUGAGGAGACUGAAAGUUCUAAAGAACACGUUCAAGAAGUUUAUAGCAAUGAUCAAAAGUCAAAUGCUGAAUCUGUUGAAGAUAAACCCAGUAGUUCAGGGAGUAAAGAUGAACCAACAAAGAUUGUUGAAACUAAGGAUGUUCCGCAAGGAAGUCAUAGUCGGAGGAAAAGUAGCCGUUCCUUAAGAAAAAAGUUGCUUGCAACUGUUGAUCUAAAGUGUAAACUGGUUGAUUUUGGAAAUGCAUGUUGGACUUAUAAACAGUUCACAAAUGAUAUUCAAACAAGGCAGUAUAGGUGUCCUGAGGUUAUUCUUGGAUCUAAAUACUCAACUCCAGCGGAUUUAUGGUCUUUUGCUUGCAUUUGCUUUGAGUUGGCCACUGGUGAUGUUCUUUUUGAUCCUCACAGCGGUGACAACUAUGAUAGGGACGAGGAUCAUCUGGCACUGAUGAUGGAACUUCUUGGAAUGAUGCCUCGCAAGAUUGCACUAGGUGGCCGCUAUUCCCGGGAAUUUUUUAAUAGGUAUGGUGAUCUAAGGCACAUCCGUCGGUUGCGGUUCUGGCCUCUGAAUAAGGUGCUUAUGGAAAAGUAUAAUUUCAGUGAACAAGACGCAAAAGACAUGACAAACUUCCUCGUUCACAUACUUGAUUUUGUCCCCGAAAAUAGGCCAACAGCUGCUCAGUGUCUUACUCAUACCUGGUUCAAUGCUGGUCCUCGGAUUCUACGGCCUUCUGCGACUACAGUACAACCUGAGGCCAUUGGAAGGGGAAUUUCUGAAGAAGCAAAGCGGGAUAAGGCUGAGCAGGAAGCAGUGGAAGUUGGUGUGGGCAAUAUAGCCAUCGAUGGAACACCAAAGCCACUUAAAAAGUCCCAAUCUGUUAAUUGAUGAAAUUAUAUGCAAAUUAAGUAUAGGUUCUACAAGCAACCUGGUUGAUUUCCAUGCGUAAGAUAAACUGGUCCUUGGAGUGCAAUGUAUUUUAUAUGGAGUUGUCCUCUGUGCAAUACCGGUCAUAUCUCAAGGUCUUAGCGUGGGAAGCCCUUAAUGGAGCGAGGGAAGCUGAAUGUCUGCCCCGAAACUGAGAUUUCGUAAUGUCUGAACUGAAAUGUGUCCUCCAUCUAGAAUGGAUCAAGCGCCCAAUGUUGUACAAUUUGUUUUUGGGUUUUUUUUAGGAUAGUAUGUUCGGAAUUUCUUCUUCCUAGAUGAGAUUCUCAUCAGUUAGAAAGGCUGCAUUUGAGGGGUUAAUUGUACAUUUGAAUGAGUCGGUCCUUCAUUUUCUAUAUCAGAUGUUGCUGCGACAGACUUACCACGGUGUUUUCGGCUUCUAA